AUGUCGUUCAGUGGUAUACUGCAGAACCAUUUUGUUUACGAAAUAUUAAAUAAAGCAUUACGUUCAUAUGAUAUUGAUACGAUAAUAUCAUUUCGUUCAUUUAUUAAAGGUUUAAGUCAACAUUUAACUGUCCUUUAUCAACGUAAAUAUCAAGGAAAAAAAAAAGAUGUACUAACUGUUUAUCGUGGUCAAGCUCUAUCUAUCUAA